CCCUUCCUGCCGUCGCCUACGCAGCACUUCAUUCAUUCUGUUCUCAUGUCUUGAACCGCCACAGGCCUCUGUCGCGGAAGCUCGCAUUCCAGCCGGGUGGUCGGGUCGUAGCCGCACCGACCCAGGGUGGGGGCGGCUUUGUUGACUGCGGGACAUCUGCUCGGGUUGAGCUGGCCUCGGCGGAGCAGCAGUGCUGUCCAACCAAGGAAGGCAACGAAGCUUUAUAUAUGUUCUUUUUUGGCUCGAGUUUGGUAGUGAAGUUUCCUAGUUUUUUAUGGACUACAGAUCACCAGACCACGUGUUUUGACACCCAUGAGGACCAUGACACCUCCACUGAGAAUGCAGAUGAGUCCAACCACGAUCCCCAGUUUGAGCCUAUAGUUUCUCUUCCCGAGCAGGAAAUUAAAACGCUGGAAGAAGAUGAAGAAGAACUUUUUAAAAUGCGGGCAAAGCUAUUCCGAUUCGCUUCAGAGAAUGAUCUCCCAGAAUGGAAGGAACGAGGCACUGGUGACGUCAAGCUUCUGAAGCAUAAGGAGAAAGGGACCAUCCGCCUCCUCAUGAGGAGGGACAAGACCCUGAAGAUAUGCGCCAACCAUUAUAUCACGCCGAUGAUGGAACUGAAGCCGAAUGCGGGCAGUGACCGUGCCUGGGUCUGGAACACCCAUGCUGACUUUGCCGACGAGUGCCCCAAGCCAGAGCUGCUGGCCAUCCGCUUCCUAAAUGCUGAAAAUGCACAGAAAUUCAAAACAAAGUUUGAAGAAUGCAGGAAAGAGAUCGAGGAGAGAGAAAAGAAAGCAGGGUCGGGCAAAAACGACGAUGCCGAGAAGGUGACUGAGAAGCUAGAAGCUCUCUCCGUGAAGGAGGAGAGCAAGGAGUCGGAAGACACCGAGAGCAAGGCUGGAGCGGAGGAGGAGCAAUAAGCCACCUCCCCUUGACUUCUCUUCCUUCCGUUCUUUUCCUCCUUUUUCUUUUUUUAAAUUUUGCCCUGCCCCUUCUUUUCAGUUUGUUUUUAUUCUGUUUUGUUUUUACAAGGGACUUUAUAUAAAGAACUGAAUUCCAACAUUCAGGUUGUUUUUUUCUAAGUUUUUGCCCUAUUGAAGAAGACUUCAGAAAAUCCAUUCCCCAGUCAUGAAAAUGUACUGUGCUCACUUUCUUUUCCAUAGUGGAAACACUUAUUUAUAGUCAUCAAAAAUAGUGAAUAAACGACACAUUCGAAACCUGCA